UACAGUUCUACCUUCUGCGUUCGGCUGCUAUAGGCUGAGUUGUACUGCGGCUUGCGAUUGGUUGCUGUAGUGACAUAUAGUGGAGCGUUAGCACGACUCUCAUAGGCACUCUCCGUUGCAACUUUUUCUAUACGUGCAAAUGUAUAUCUAUUCAUCUGUGUACUUCGGUCGGAUACUAGGAAUGAAUGAUGCAAUGUGAUACAAUAAGGAACGACCUAGGUCUGACAUUGUUGUUUUAAUGUAGAUUCAAGUAGACUACACCAUUUCGCACUUUAUUAUUACUAUUUUUUUGAACUUUUUUUGUUGGCAUUUUCAAAGUGUCAUAUCUUCAUUAACUCUUGAUAUUACAGGACCAUGAAACUCAGUGAAAACAUGGAUUUGUUUUUUAUUUUUUUAUCUUUAACUUUUGUUCUUUGCCAGACAUUACCUUCUCAAAACGUUUAUACAAAUCACUGGGCUGUGCGAAUUUCUGGGGGACGCGAGGAAGCUGACAAACUUGCUUCAAAAUAUGGCUAUAUUAAUUUGGGGCAGAUUGGAAGCUUGGAGGAUCACUACCAUUUUCAUCACAGCAAAGUUGUGAGAAGAUCUGCCUUCUCUACGAGGGGAACUCACAGCUUCAUCCACAUGGAUCCAAAGGUUGACUGGGUUCAGCAGCAGGUGGUGAAAGCACGGGUGAAGAGACAUACCAGGAAUGACCUCAACUUUGUGCAUUUCAAUGAUCCGAAGUGGUCGGGCAUGUGGUACAUUCACUGUGGAGAUAGAAGCAGCCGCUGCCGCUCGGAGAUGAACAUCCUGGCAGCCUGGCAGAGGGGUUACACGGGCAAGAACGUGGUGGUCACCAUCCUGGAUGACGGCAUCGAGCGGAACCACCCUGACCUCGCACAGAACUACGAUCAGCUUGCAAGCUAUGAUGUCAACGGGAAUGACCACGAUCCCACUCCACGAUAUGACUCCAGCAAUGAAAACAAACAUGGGACCCGGUGUGCUGGUGAAGUCGCAGCUGUGGCCAAUAAUUCUCACUGCAUCGUUGGCAUUGCGUACAACGCCCGGAUCGGAGGCAUUCGGAUGUUGGACGGAGAUGUAACAGAUGUGGUGGAGGCAAAGUCUCUUGGCAUACGGCCGGACUACAUUGACAUCUACAGUGCCAGCUGGGGACCGGACGACGACGGGAAGACCGUGGACGGGCCUGGCCCACUUGCCAAGCAGGCCUUUGAACAGGGCAUUAAAAAGGGUCGAAAGGGCCUGGGCUCCAUCUUCGUGUGGGCCUCGGGGAACGGCGGCCGGGAAGGCGACCACUGCUCCUGCGACGGCUACACCAACAGCAUCUACACCAUCUCCGUCAGCAGCACCACGGAGAACGGAAACAAGCCCUGGUACUUGGAGGUCUGCUCCUCCACCCUGGCCACCACCUACAGCAGCGGGGAGUUUUACGACAGGAAAAUAGUCACCACGGACCUCCGGCAGCGCUGCACUGACGGUCACACGGGCACCUCUGUCUCCGCCCCCAUGGUGGCUGGGGUCAUCGCACUGGCCCUGGAGGCCAACCCACUGAUAACCUGGAGAGACGUGCAGCACCUCUUGGUGAAGACUUCAAGGCCCGCCCAUUUGAAGGCCAACGACUGGAAGACCAACGCCGCAGGACACAAAGUCAGCCACCUGUAUGGGUUCGGCCUGGUGGAUGCAGAGGCCAUGGUGGUGGAGGCCAAAAAGUGGAGAAGCGUUCCUUCCCAGCACACCUGCACCAGGAUCUCUGAUCGCAGGACCAGGUACAUUCGUCCGGACCAGUACCUGAAUGCCAGCAUCAGUUCCUCGGGCUGUGCUGAGCAAGCCGACCAGAGUGUGGUGCACCUGGAGCAUGUGGUGGUGAGGGUGCUUAUUGUGCACCCGCGCCGUGGAGACCUGCAGAUCAACCUCAUCUCACCUUCUGGGACACGCUCCCAGCUCCUGGCCAAGAGAUUGCUUGAUAACUCAAAUGAGGGCUUCAGGAAUUGGGAGUUCAUGACCGUACACUGUUGGGGGGAGAAGGCUGAGGGACAGUGGACUCUGGAGAUCUUUGACUCGCCCUCACAACACCGUAACCCUGAGGUACUCGGUAAGCUGAAGGAGUGGACCCUCAUCCUGCACGGCACCGCGGUGCACCCCUACCACUCCCACACCUCUCACCAUUCGCGCUCCAGGAUGCUAGAGAUCCCCAGUCCGAGCCGCGAUCCCAAGGCCCACGAGCCGCAACACGAGAUCACAGAGGAAGAGGAGGAAGAGUAUGACGGGCCGUGCCACACUGAAUGUGGAGACCAGGGCUGUGAUGGUCCUGAUGCUGACCAUUGUCUGAAUUGCGUCCACUUCAGCCUGAGCAGCGCCAAGACAGGCAGGACCUGUGUCAGCCAGUGCCCCUUGGGCCACUAUGGGGAUGUGGAGGCCCGGCGUUGUAGGCGAUGCUUCAGAGGCUGUGAAACCUGCGUGGGCCGGGCGUCCAAUCAGUGCCUGUCCUGCCGCAGAGGGCUCUACCUCCAUGCCGACCACAGCUCCUGUGUGAACGAGUGUGCCACGGGCUACUUCGCUGAGGACGUUCAGAGGCAGUGUGCGAAAUGCCAUGAGAACUGUCUGAAGUGUGUGCGCGAUUCUGACCGAUGCACCGCCUGCAACGACGGCUACAGUUUGGCAGGUAUGACCUGUGUGCCGGAGUGUGCUGAUGGAACAUUUUUUAACCUGGAAGAAAUGAAAUGCAUCGUCUGCCAUCACUCCUGUGCCACCUGUACAGGCCCAGGGAAGGAGGAAUGUAUCCAGUGUGCCAAGGACUUUCUGCAGCAGGAGUGGAAAUGUGUCCCAGCAUGCACCGAGGGUUAUUACCCAGGGGAGGCCGCUGGGCUCCCGCAGAAGAUGUGUCGCAAGUGUGAAGAGAAUUGUCUGAGCUGUCAGGGCCCUGGGGUAACCUGUAGUCGAUGUCGAGAAGGAUACAAUCUAGUGAGCAGGACGUGCAUCGCAAACGCCACCUGCAACAACGCGGAUGAAGUAUUCUGCGAGAUGGUCAAGUCCAACCGGCUGUGCGAGAAGAAGCUUUUCCGGCAGUUCUGCUGCAGGACGUGUCUCAUGACAGGGUGAAAAAGGAACUGGAAAGUACUUUGGGCACUGGCAUCUUAUUCUGUUGUACAUUUUUAAACUAGUUUACACCUCAGAGUCACUUAAUUUUAAUGACCCCUUUAAGGUGCAUAUUUGAUUUUUAGUAAGAUGUAUUAAGGUUGUAUGUUUUUAUAAACUGCAUACACAACAUGUAAAAAGUGUUUAUUUUUUAUUCAAAAACCACAUUAUUACAAAAAUAUGGUGCUUUGUAUGAAUGUAUAUGGCAGCAUAUGAAUAUCUGGACCACUGUUUCAGACAAAGGUCAGUAAAACGAUACAGCAGUAUGAACAGGUUUGUUAAUAUGAAGUGUUGCUUGUAAUGUAAUCCUUUUCAUACUUGAUCAUUGAAUUUCCUUAACAACAACUUUGUGAAAGGAUUAUAGUUUUUGUAAGAAAAAAUAACAGUAGAAAGCAAUUGAAUAGAGAAUGUAGGUUCAUGCCAUUGUAAAUUUUAGAAAUUCUAUUUGCCAUUUUUAUCCUGUUUCUGUAAAAUGUUAAUAAGCUGAAAUAAAAACAUGCCAUUUAGGAAAA